AUGCGGACGUCCUCCUCCUCGUCUCCGAGGAAGAGGAAGAGGAAAGACCACCUCUCGCCUCUCGACCCUAUCGCUAGGCUGCCUCCCUUCAGCCGGUCGUUUAUCUUCCACGAUGCUUUCGACGAGUGUGUCGACGCUGUCCUCUACUGUGCUCCUCCGGUGUAUCAGCAGCGGUGCCUUUCGCCGGAAGCUGGCGCCGAUUGCGGGAAACGUCGCGCGUCUGUCGGUUUCGAGGUUCGCUCGCCGCGGAACGAAGAGGUGCUCGAGAAGAAGGCGGGGUCGUCGGAUCGUUACGACGACGACGGAACCGCGAGGAAAGGUCCCAUUGUUGAGAAAGAUGGCGAGUGGGAAGGAAACGUCGUGCAAACAACGCGUUACGACAACAGGUCAGACAGGUCGAAAAAGUGUUUGGCGACGAUCGUCGUGUUUCUCGGUUUGUUGUGCGGACAUUGGUGCUCCGGUGGAGCGGAGGCACUUGCCGGUAGCCAGAAAUAUAGUACGAGAACGGUUAGGACCAGGUACGGCACGUUACGCGGCGUUGAGGCCAGAUCGUCGACGUCCGUCGAAACCUAUUACGGCGUGCCGUAUGCCACGCCGCCGAUUGGAGAGUUGCGAUACAUGCCACCGGUCACGCCUACGCCGUGGCGUGGCACCAAGCUGGCGGACACAAUGCCACCCGCGUGUCCACAGAAGCCACCGGAACCGGACUCGAGCCUGCCGCGGCCAAGACGCGCCUACGUUGAGAGGUUAGCGCCGUUGCUGGCCAACCAGAGCGAAGACUGCCUAUACUUGAACCUCUAUGUGCCCAAACCUCCUCACGGUAGUACUCCAGACUUAUUGCCAGCUCUUGUUCUCAUUCACGGUGAUUCCUAUUCUUGGGGCGCUGGAAAUUCUUUCGACGGCACCGCGUUAGCUGCUUACGGUCGUCUUAUCGUCGUCUCCAUUAAUUUUCGUCUCGGCGUACUCGGCUUUCUUAAAACCAGUCCAAAGGGUAGCACGCAAGGAAAUUACGGCUUGAUGGAUCUAGUGGCGGGUCUUCAUUGGUUGCACGAGAAUCUCGGCGCUUUUGGCGGCAACCCCGAUCGACUGUCGCUCUUUGGUCACGGAACAGGAGCCGCGCUCGCCAAUUUUUUAGCCGUCUCGCCCAUAGCAAAAGAGCUGGUCGAGAGAGUGGUUUUACUCGGUGGGUCUGCCCUGUCACCCUGGGCUAUACAGCGUGAUCCAUUAAUGGUGAAACGUCGCGUCACCGAGCAGACCGGAUGUCAGGGUGACGUUGAGGCUGACGAUAUCGCACCGUGCCUUCGUUUACGGAGCCUGGAAGAGCUCCUCGCUGUGAAGUUGGAUCCGCCGAGAUUUACUUCUGGAUUUGCUCCUUUCGUUGAUGGAACGGUCAUGCCUCCGCCGAUCAAUCAGAAUUUCCAGCCCACCGCCUCAUCCUCGGGACUGAUGCCCCUUGUGCCUGGUCCUGGUACCGAGUUCGCUAGUUUCGGCGAUCGAGACCUGCUGCUUGGACUCACGUCGGAGGAAGCCUGGGUCAGUCUCACCGACGAGGAUCUACAGAACGGCCUGAACGAGACCAGGAGGGAUCGUAUUCUCCGUACUUACGUGCGAAACACCUAUCGUUACCAUCUUCACGAGAUCUACUCGACCCUUCGGAACGAAUACACGGACUGGGAGAGGGGCGAGCAGAGUCCUUCGGCUAUCUGCGAGGGUCUGUUGUCUUUGCUCGGCGACGGCCAAGUCGCGGCUCCUCUUCUACGAUUGGCAUUGCUACACUCUGCCUCCGGGGGACGUGGUUACUUCCUGCAUUUCCAGCUGGGCGAUCGGCCGAGCCAGAGGGGCGAAGAGGUGCCCUUUCUCCUAGGGAUACCUCUUCUUCGCGGCGAGGUCGCGUCCGUUUUCCUCACUCAGACCAACUACACUCUGGCCGAUGAGAACCUGUCCAAACUGAUGGUCCACUACUUGGCGAACUUCGUGAGACGCGGGGAUCCAAACGGCGUCAGCUCGCUGACAUCAGGAUCGGACGGGCUUCCGAGCAGCCCGCCGUUCUGGGAUUCGUACGAUUCAAUAAAUCAGCUGUACCUGGAGGCCGGUCGUAGCACGGAAAUGCGGUCGCAUUACAGGGGCCACAAGAUGUCCCUGUGGCUGAAUCUGUUGCCGCAGCUGCAUCGACCCGGCUACGAGAUCAGCAUGCGUCACCAUCACCUAGCCGAUAGUCCAGGCUUGUACGAAGGCGCGGUUCGUCCGCAGACCCUGGCUCUUCCGCUGCCAGCGCCACCGCUUCCGGUGCCCUCGCCCACCGAGCCGUCCUCUGUGUCAAGCGUGAUAUCGACCACGGAGUGUACACCGAACGCGACAGUCGCGACCACCGUUGCGACCACCUCGAGGACACUGCAACACCCGAAUCUAAGCCCAGGACCGAACAACCUGCUUAGAAAGCUAGCCUCGAGCCACUAUCAGAGCUACACCACCGCUCUGACAGUCACCAUAGCCGUCGGUGUGUUUCUCCUGUUGUUGAACAUCUUGAUAUUCGCCGGGAUCUAUCAUCAGAGAGACAGAAACGCCUCGAACUCGGGCGGCGGUUUGUCCUCGGCGUUCGGCGAUAAGAAGAAGGAGGAACUGUUGGAAGCAGGUUGUUCAGGCAUCGAGGUGUCCUCGGGGAAACAGAGAUUGUCCACGUUGAACCUGAUGGAUUCACCGUCGUCGAGCCCGCCACCGCACAAGGCGAAACUAGCUCAAGAGCUGGAGUUACAGUUGCAGGAGUUUCAAUGUUCACCGCCGCCAGGCGGAGGGAAGAGGAUACUGGAGCCACCGUUGUACAGCAGGACACCGUGUGUCCAGAGGACCCGUACACCGUCGCCGUGCGUGGACGCCACUACUGCCAGGAUGGACGACGACGACGACGACGACGACGACGAAGGAGACAGCAGCAGCGACGACAACGACGACGAUAAUCUACCGGAGCCUCCACCUCCUCCGAGGGCUCCGGCGCCCAGCGUAGGCUUGUCCUGUCCAGGAAUCCUCAGGCAACCGGGCACACCCGGCAGCGCCAAGAAACGUGUUCAGAUACAAGAGAUUUCUGUGUGA